UAAUAACGGAUUUCUUCUCUGCAUAAGAAAUAUAAGGAUGCUCAAAAUAACGUAAUCGUGGCCGAUUGGUGUCGCAUCGAUCGACCAAUCGCGUAGACACCAUAUAGUAUAGAAAGAUGGCGAAUAGAGAAAAAGAGAUAAAAAGAGCAAUGGACACGUUCAUAAAUGCGUGAUAGACUCGGAAGUUGAAAUUGACAGAUUCAAGGACGAACAUUUGAAAAAAGAGAAAGAGAGAGACAGAUAGACAGAUAGAUAGAUAGAUAGAGAAAGAGAGAGAAAAAGAGAGAGAAAAAGAGAGAGAGAGAGAGAGAGAGAGAGAAAUACAUUGACGUGUGAACCACUGAUGUUAAGUAGAGCAUAGUAAUAGUAGUAGUAGUGUAAUAAUAUUAAUAUUAGUAGUAUUAGUAAUAUUAGCAGGUAGUAGGUAGAACAGUAGUAUAGUGGGUGGUAGUACUGGUAGUAGUGGUGGUGGUAGUGGUGGUGUUGGUGUUGGUAUUGGUAACGGUGAUGGUGGAACUGGUGGUGGUACUGGUAGCAGUGGUAACAGUGGUAGUGGUAGUGGUGGUGGUUAUAGAUAGUAGUAUUAUUGAGUAGUGGUAGCAAUGAUUUAAUCGAGAUAAACGCGAAACGUUUUGCUGGUAUCCGCGGUUCGAUGAUAUGGUGAAACGAUGUGUUAAUAACAGUGAUAGUGAUAACUGUGAUGAUGGUGUAGUAAGAAACUGUGAUAGUGAUAAUGGUGGUAGUAGGUGUGUAACAGAAACGGCAACAGCAACAGCAAUUGGAAGAAUUAUAGCUAUAGCAACAGUAGCAAUAAAGCGGCUCCGACGGUAGUGGUGGCAGCACCUGCAGUAACACCAACGUUAACAGUAGUGGUAGCAGUUAAGAUUAGCGCGGGGGGACUGAGUGCGAUUCCGUCGUCCGUGAUUUUCGUUAGACACGAGAAACAGUUUUCUCGUGGCACACGUUCGCUUCGGGUUAGUUCUGUUAGGAGAAAGGAAGGGGUAUUGUUAUGCGGCGUGUCACGAUUUAAUGAAUUAAAGAAAGAAAGACUUAACAGAGAGAUAGAGUGAGGGCGAUAAGAAGAUUUAAAGAAUUAAAAAGAAACAGAGAAAGAAAUAAAAAUGUUGAAGGAAUAUUCGCCGAUAGUACAGGCCCUUUUAGGGACACUAUUUACGUGGGCCCUUACGGCAGCGGGUGCCGGCCUCGUUGUCAUCAUACGCGGGAAACAGCGAAAAUUGUUGGACAUCAGUCUUGGAUUUGCCGGUGGCGUGAUGGUAGCAGCAAGCUAUUGGUCCCUGUUGGCGCCAGCUAUUGAAAUGGCAACGGAGAGCAAAAUUUAUGGAACCGAAGGCGAAUACGCAUUUGUACCGGUUGGAGUUGGGUUUCUCAUAGGCGCGGCAUUCGUAUACGGAACGGACGUGUUGAUAUCUUCCCUUGGCAUUCAGUCCCCCAAUGUGCUUUUAGCUAUGCAAUCAGUCGGUACGAAACAAAGAGGCAAGGUCCUUGCAAAACUAAAGAGUGACGAGGACUUAGACGAUAUCGAUACGUUUAACGACGUACAGAUUUCCGGUGGAAUGAUGUACACUCAUGUCGAUUCGACUACUAUCGAUGGAUUUUACGAACAAAAUGCAAGAAGAAGACAAGUUGCCAAUGUACAUAGGCCAUCGGAAUCGGUCGAGAUGAGUACGGUUUACGAAGAUCCUAGUAACGAAGUUAAGAAUAAUCAAUGGAGGAGAAUAUUGUUAUUGGUUGUGGCUAUUACGGUGCACAAUAUACCCGAAGGCCUUGCCGUUGGUGUUGGUUUCGGAGCGAUAGGAAGCAGUGCAUCAGCUACUUUUGAAAAUGCAAGCUCCUGCUAUUUCAUCCGAGCUUCUUCUUUUGGGAUCCGGCCCGACACGGCGAAGAAAGCCUCGUUAUGGUAUUCCGGACCGAUCGAUUUAGCGUCCGCUAGCCGGCACCAUUGUUGUAAACGAGUGCAACAGCAACGGCAAAAGCACCAAUCCAAGUGGUAGCAGCUUAGUUAUCGA